GUCGUCCGCACUCCACCGGCCCGCUUCACGGUGUGCGCACUCCGAACGAACGUCGUCGUCGUCGCCGCCACCGACUGCUGCGUCGUAGCGUUGUAGUGUCGUCCUCGUGACUUUUCCCCCGCGCGCGUUUUUCGUUGCGUCGCCGUCGCAUAUCGUCGGUUACUCAGUUCAGUUGCGUCGCAAUUAGUGUGCACUUGCGACGCUCGCGUUCCGUAGCGCAUAUCUGUCUGGCGUGAGUCCGCGAUUUAAUAAUAUUGUUAAAAUAAUGUGUACAUGUAUGCAGUUGAACAUAUUUUAAAAACACAUACACCGAGUUUUAAUAUAUUAUGUACGAUGUGUAUAUAACCAUUAUCUCUUUCGUGUGUUUGAACAAUUGAAACGAUUUUUUUUUUUUUUUUUCAGUACGUUUUUAAUUUUUUCACCGUAAAUAUCUGUUUCGCCUCUGUUUACACUCUAUCGGCGUUGGGUUUUAUAACACGUUAACCGGUUUCACGUGUAAGUUUUUUUUUUCUUUUUUAAGCACAAGUGCGUACUCUGUCUGUCGUAUUUAAAAGGAGAAAAUAAAUUAACGUUCGUCUCUUGAAAGCCAUGGAAUACGGUUUGGAACCGUUGCAGAGGGCUAGAUCCAACACUUGGCCCUUGCCCAGACCGGAUGCCGAAGACGGCGGGCCACAGUUGCCCGAGGGCAGUCCCCCGCAGUUGUUGGACAUUGUCGCUGACGUGGGUGGCAGCGUAGGAGGAAACGGCGGUGGCGAUGGUAUCGUUGGCGGCGUACCGUCGUCUAGUAACGGUCUGCACCCGCCACAGCAGCAGCAGGGUGGUGGCAUGGUCACUGGGCCGGUCAAGAAGACGUCAAGUCGACGGAACGCCUGGGGUAAUCAGUCGUACGCGGAUCUCAUCACGCAGGCUAUUAGUUCGGUGCCGGAACAGCGGCUCACGUUGUCCCAGAUCUAUGAGUGGAUGGUGCAGAACGUACCGUAUUUCAAGGACAAGGGCGACAGCAACAGUUCUGCCGGAUGGAAGAACUCUAUACGUCACAACCUGUCACUUCACAGCCGGUUCGAAAAGAUCCAAAACGAGGGUACCGGCAAAUCAUCAUGGUGGCAGAUCAACCACAACGCGAGUAGGACGACCGGAAAAUCCAGGCGCCGUGCCACAUCCAUGGAGACACCCAAAUUUGAGAAAAGACGUGGGCGCGUAAAGAAGGUUGUCGAGGCUAUUCGCAAUGGUCUGCAUCCCGAAAACACGCCUAGUCCUAGCUCUUCUAUUUCUGAAAACUCCGACAUGAUACCUGUGUCACCCCUUAGGGGAUUCCAAUUCAGCCCCGACUUCAGGGCGCGGGCUUCGUCGAACGCUUCGUCCACCGGCCGUCUGUCACCGAUACUCAGCGAGCAGCUCAGCACCGCCGACUACGGCCUGGACUCGGUGGCAGAACAGGGCCAGGCCGACCAGCUAGCCGGCUCGCUGGCGCAAACCGUCCGGCUCUCUCAACCGCUGCAGACGCUCGAAAGCUAUAGAGACGUGUUCAGUCGUCCACCACCGCCGCCGUACAGUAGCUUGUCGAUCCAGUCGUGUUCUAUCCACGGUUACCAAGCGUGUUCGUGUUUCAACCUCAACCAGCUCGAUAACGCUUACAUAAAACAGGAGUGUAUAUCGUUCGACAGCAUGUUGAACGACCAGCAGGAUGACAACAUGUCGGCCACUGUGGUUGGACAAAUUAUGGGUUCGUCACAUCUGUCAUUCGACGAGCUCAACAUCAACUUGGAUAAAUUCCCGCCCGUAGAGUGCAACGUGGACGAAGUGAUCAGCCACGAAGUCAGCCUGGGCGGCUGCUUGGACUUCAACAACUUCAACCCACCGGCACAACCGCAACCGUCGGUAGCUACCACGCAGACACUGGCGUCCGUCAGCCACGACCAAUCGUCGUUUACCUCCGGACACCAUUGGGUCCAUUGAAAAGUUGAAGCGAUUGUGUGUUCUAUGGGAAAUUUUAAAGACAAGUCUAUGAAAGUGUUUUAAUUAUGUUGCCCAGUAAAUUUAUGUUAAUUUUUGAAGUUUUAAACAUAUUAAUACAUAAAUAUUAU